UGCUGGCGAAGCCCAGCAGCCAGGAGCGCAGCGCACAACGAGGUGGGCCGCGGGGGCGGUGGACAUUUGGGAGCCGGGCAAGUUUGGGCGACCGCUGGCAGUGCUGUGAUCCGGAGUUAGGCUCUAAGCCUGAGGACCAAGGGGUGGGCGGACCGAUUUACGGACGCCCGCGGGCCCGCUGCCGCCGUCUUGCGUCCUCUUGCCUGGGAAAGUGUUUCAACUUCUAAGAUGUCAUCUAUCAAACAUCUAGUUUAUGCAGUUAUUCGUUUCUUACGGGAGCAAAGCCAGAUGGAUGCUUAUACCGCUGAUGAACAAGAAAGUUUGGAAGUUGCAAUCCAGUGCCUGGAGACUGUCUUUAAAAUCAGCUCAGAAGAUACACACUUAGCAGUUUCACAACCUUUGACCGAAAUAUUCACAAAUUCCUUCUGUAAGAAUAACAUUCUGCCACUUUCAAAUUCAGUGACUGAAGAUGUGGGGAAAGCUGACCAAUUAAAAGAUGAAGGUAAUAAUAACAUGAAAGAAGAAAAUUACGCUGCUGCAGUUGAUUGUUACACGCAAGCAAUAGAAUUGGAUCCAAAUAAUGCUGUUUAUUAUUGCAACAGGGCUGCUGCUCAGAGUAAAUUAGGUCACUACACUGACGCGAUAAAGGACUGUGAAAAAGCAAUAGCAAUUGAUUCAAAGUACAGCAAGGCCUAUGGGCGAAUGGGGCUGGCCUUGACUGCUAUGAAUAAAUUUGAAGAAGCUGUUACAAGUUAUCAAAAAGCAUUAGAUCUUGAUCCUGAAAAUGAUUCCUAUAAAUCAAAUCUGAAAAUAGCAGAACAGAAGCUAAGGGAGGUGUCAAGUCCUACAGGAACUGGAUUGAGCUUUGACAUGGCCAGUUUAAUAAAUAAUCCAGCUUUCAUUAGUAUGGCAGCAAGCUUAAUGCAAAACCCUCAAGUUCAACAGCUAAUGUCGGGAAUGAUGACAAAUGCCAUUGGAGGACCUGCUGCUGGAGUUGGGGGCCUUAGUGACCUGUCUAGCCUCAUCCAAGCGGGACAGCAGUUUGCUCAGCAGAUACAGCAGCAGAACCCUGAACUUAUAGAGCAACUGAGAAACCACAUAAGGAGCAGAUCAUUCAGCAGCAGUGCUGAAGAACAUUCCUGAUGAGAGUCUCGGGACCCAGCCCCAGAAGGCCAACGGUUCAUGGCUCUGAAGUGUUUGCUGUAGAUAGUGGCCAAAACAAAACAAUUAAAAAGAAAUGUUUAGGAAAUAAGUUUAUCAUGGACUUUAACAUACCAUGACUCCUUUGUAAACAAAUGAUCAGUAGACUUGCCAAGUGCCACUAUAGCAUUUGACAAGGUUCCAUUUUCAAACCUUCAUUGUCAUAUUUGUAUAUUAGACUUAUAGCAGAGUAUAUUUAUUAAACAUUAAGGAUAUCUGAUGGUGAGUGCUCUAGCAAACUUUUCUGAAAGAGGGGACAUUACCCAAGAGGAAAUGCUUCUCAUGCUGCUUAGAACAUAGACUUGCCAUUGAUCAGGAAGUCUGAAAUGUAUUAUCUAAGUUUAGGGUUUAGCUAUGUAUCAGUAAUGAAAAUGUACCACAGGAGGCGGUACUCUCUCUUAAUAUUACUGGUUCUUAUGGGUGACAGUGAAUCUUAAAGAGCUGGUGGGAAGCACUGUUUCAUUCAUGGGAUGUUAUAUUGAAAAGAAAAACCGGAUACUGUCACUAUAAAGAAAAUGAAGGUAGUAUGCUCAGGUUUUAUGUUUAGUUUACUAAUGUUGUCUGUAGUUUGGUUAUUGAAACAAUAAGCAUGACCAAGUAUGCUAAGUACAUAAUUAAUUACAUUUAGAAGUCCUUAGUGGUACUGGUGACACCAGCUGUAUAACUAGUCACUUUAUCUUACAUAAUUUCUCCAGUGAUGACCUAACUAUAGAAACUUUCAAAUAUCACUAUAGUUAAAUAAGACCAUGGUUUGGCCCUAAUUAAGGAUGUUCUAAGUGACAUUUAUUUAUGUACCCAUAAAUUCUGAUUAUUUAGAGAUCUAUAAUCACUUAUGGAUUACAAACAGCGUUUUCCACCAACGUCGCUUGUUUAUAUAAUUCUCUGGUAUGUUUGGCUUCAAACAGAAUUUUUGUUUUAUUUAAAUCUGAUGCCAAUUUUAACAGGGAAUUUAAUAUGUCAUAUUGAAAUGCCAUGUUAACUGAGACAAGUGACCUGGGUAUUGAUGGCAUGAUUAACCAGUGAUGAACGACAAGACCAUUCCAGCUGGAAUUUGUUAGCUAAGAUUGGUAAGUUGGACAGACAUGCAAAUAUUUCACAAGUGUUAUGAGGGAAAAACUCAAAAAGGAAGUUAUAAAGUUAGUAAUACUAAUGAUAAUAUAUAAAAGUUCUCAAAAGAUUAAUUACUUGGUAUAUUGUUUAAUAUUUAUUUAUUCCUUUUUAUUCCCUUUGUUGUUUUAUUGUUGUAGUUAUUAUUGUUGUUGGAUAGGACAGAGAGAA